AUGGGUCAAACCCUUUCUGCACCAGCAACGAAAAAAACCAGCGAGUCUGGCGAAAAUGACAGGUUCUCAUACGCUAUAACUGAAAUGCAGGGAUGGAGAAUCACGAUGGAAGACUCCCAUGCCAUUGUGUUGGAUCUUGAUGACGAUAAACACGAGCGGAAUGCUUUUUUUGCUGUUUAUGAUGGUCAUGGGGGUGGAACGGUGGCCAAGUUUGCUGGCCAGAAUGUUCACAAGAGGCUAGUCACAGAGGAGUCAUACCAAUCUAAGGCAUAUGACGCGGCUCUCAAAAGGGCUUUUUUGGGUACCGACGAAGACAUCCGCGCUAGUCCCGCACAUGCACGAGACCCGUCGGGAUGCACUGCCGUGGCCGCAUUAGUGACGAAGGACAAAAUAUACGUUGCCAAUGCUGGCGAUUCGCGAUCUGUUCUUAGUGUCAAGGGAGAAGUGAAACCCCUCAGCUUUGAUCACAAGCCAACGAACGAAUCGGAAAAGUCCAGGAUUUCAGGUGCUGGUGGAUAUGUUGAAUAUGGUCGUGUCAAUGGCAAUCUCGCUUUGUCCAGAGCUAUCGGCGACUUCGAAUUCAAGAAGAAUCCCCACCUUCCCCCUGAGAGGCAGAUCAUAACAUCAGAUCCCGAAAUCACAGUACAUAACAUUGACCCAGAAGACGAAUUCCUUAUCCUCGCUUGUGAUGGGAUCUGGGACUGCUUGUCCAGCCAACAAGCUGUCAAUUUCGUCCGUUCCAAAGUCGCGGAAGGCAAAGAGUUGAGCGAAAUUGGGGAAAUGAUGUGUGAACACUGUCUCGCUCCCGAUACAUCGGCCGGAGCUGGUAUUGGUUGUGAUAACAUGACAGUGCUUAUCGUUGCGCUUCUUCAUGGACGCACAAAGCAAGAGUGGUAUGCAUGGAUAAAAAACCGGGUUGACAGCAAAUACGGUUUUGAUACUCCUUCGGUCCUUCCCCAACUCUACGCUCAAAGCCGUCUCACGGCGUUCAAAGCACGGCGAGAAGCACUACAAGCUCGAGAAGCGAGCUUGCUGGAAUACGAAGAACAGCCUUCGUUCCUGUCGCCUGGCCUUAGUUUUACUCGAGUGUUGGGUAGUACUGGUGGGAUCUCUUUCAAUCGUGAAAGUGGCAUUCUCAGCAGUGCUACCUCGUUGAUGUUCACAGGAGACGAUAGCGACGAUGAAGAUGAUGGCGAAGACUCGACGAGUUCCUUUUUCACGGAGACUCUGGGUCUUGGGGCAACUCUCCACGAUGAGGACGACGAUGGCUUAGACGCUACCCAAAAUCUUAAAGCCAAACUCGAAGAAUUUGAGAAAGAUAUCCGGCAGGAUGGAAGUGACGACAGUCCAGAUUCUGACAGUACUACGGAGGGCGAUACUUCACAUCCCAAGUUGCAGGGUGAGGCUCCACCACCUCCUGCCCCUCAGGCAAAUGGAGGACCUGUAACACCUGCUCCUCAGUUAAAGUCUGAACCAGGUGGAGAUAAAGCGAGUCCAGUGGUUGCAGCAGAGGGUCUGAUGGAUACUUCUGAAGAUCCCCUGAAGGUGUAA